AUGCUACCCAAUAGUUCAGCAUUCCUCCUGCUCACAUCGCUACUAGCAGCUAUCCCUGCUAAUGCAGAUGGCAUCUACACCAAGAAAUCGCCAGUGCUACAGCUAAACCAAAAGACCUAUGGGUCUAUUAUCGCGAACUCAAACUAUACAUCUAUCGUGGAAUUCUAUGCACCCUGGUGUGGACACUGUCAGAAUCUGAAGGGUCCAUACGAAAAGGCUGCCGAAAAUCUGAAUGGAUUGGCCAAGGUCGCCGCUGUUAAUUGCGACGAGGACGAGAACAAGCCCUUCUGCAGUCAAAUGGGCGUCCAGGGCUUCCCGACCCUCAAAAUUGUGACACCUUCGAAGAAACCAGGACAGCCACGGGUGGAGGACUACCAGGGUGGGCGUACGGCCAAUGCUAUCAUCAACGCAGUGGUAGAUCGCAUUCCGAACCACGUGAAGCGCGCAACCGACAAGGACUUGGACAAGUGGCUGGGACAAAAUGAGGAACGACCCAAGGCUAUCCUAUUCACAGAGAAGGGGUCAACCAGUUCUCUCAUCCGCGCUCUGGCCAUCGACUUUCUAAAUGCAAUUGACAUCGCCCAGGUGCGCAAUAAGGAGCCCGCCUCCGUCGAGAAAUUCGGCAUCUCCAAGUUCCCAACGCUGGUCGUGGUUCCUGGAGGUGAUGCUGAACCGAAGUUGUACGAGGGCGAGUUGAAGAAGAAGCCCAUGACCGAGUUCCUGAGCCAUUUCGCCAACCCUAACCCAGACGCCACUGGACAGCCUGCCACAAAUCCAAAGUCAAAGCCUAAGCCCAAGUCCUCCAAGCCUGCGAAGGCGGCCCCUGUUGCCGAUGAUGCUGAUACCGAGGAGGUGCCUGACGCUAAGCCCGCCGGGGUACCUCCAAUCCCUACCCUAGCCACACCCGAAUCCCUCGAAUCGACCUGCCUAGCCGCCAAGUCUAACACCUGUCUCCUCGCCUUGCUCCCAGAGCAAAGUGAGGAAGCUGCCAAAUCUACCGCAUUGGAAAGUCUUGCAGAGAUCACACACCGUCAUUCCAAGCGUGGCGCCCACAUUUUCCCCAUUUAUGCCGUCCCCGAGAUUAACUCUGGAUCUCAAAAUUUAUAUAAUGCAUUGGGCUUGCAAGGUAGUAAGUCGGUAGAAAUCAUUGCCAUCAAUGCUCGCCGUGGAUGGUGGCGUCGGUAUGAGAAUGCCGAAGACUUUGGAAUCGCCGCUGUUGAGCAGUGGAUUGAUGCUAUUCGUCUUGGAGAGGGAACUAAGGAGAAGCUGCCCGAAGGUCUUGUUGUCGAGGCCAAGGUUGAUUCUGAAUCCGAGAAGCCUAAGCAGGUAGAGCGGGAUGAGCUGUAG